UGUUGCAAAUAUAUUUUGAAAUAAUAUUUCGACAUAUUUAAUUUAUUAAAAAUCAUCGGUUAAUAAACUAGUUCUAAUUUUAUAUUAUUUGACCCUUUUAACAACACGACACGACAUGGAAUCAUUUGACUACUACCUCAACAUAACCACCCUACCAAAUUGUGACACCACCGAGUUCGUGCCAGAUCCGAGAUCAGAUUUUUUCGCUCCAGCUUCAAAAAUAUUCUACCUUGUCAUCUACAUCCUCCUGUUCAUCUUCUGCGUCACUGCCAGUUCCUUUUUAUUCUACGCCAUCAUCGUCACAAGGAAGACGACAAUUAGCAUCCUAAUAACAAAUCACAGCAUUGCCGGGUUGAUGAUAGUCUUCAUGUCGUUUCUUUUCUACUACGUUGCCGUGGCAAACAGGGCGAACUGGACUGCUGGGUGGUUUGUUUGUAAGACCGAGCAAUUUUUUCAAUCGACCUUGCUAAUGGUGACAUCCUUCACGAUAGUGGUGAUGAGUUGCUACAAGUGCAAGGCGGUCAUGAAUCCAACCAUUGAAUGCAGCCCAAAGCAGAAGAACGCCAUGCUCGUAUGUGGGCUUAUCUGGGGUCUGGCCAUCUUCUUCGCGCUGCCCUACAUUUUCAUGAGUGGACUUCAAAAAAACUGGUACACGUGUCAAAAUUUUUGUUCGUUAUACGGCUCCAACCCUACGUUCGUGAGGGCGUAUUUAAUUUGUGUGGGCCUCUUCGAGUACUACCUGCCCGUCCUCGUCCUGGCAGUCACGCAUGGCUGCAUUUGGUGGAAGCUUAAUCAGAAGAAUAACGUUGCAACGAACGCCGGUAGUCACAAUUUGUCUGCUGCUGAUGAUGAGGGUUCCGACGAACUGAAAGAUAAACAGCAAGCGAAAAUGUUGACAGCUGUCGCACUCACCUUCAUCAUCCUCUUACUUCCCUGGAACAACUUGAAUAUUUUUUCACUUUUGUUCUUCCACUUGAAUGUUGACAUCUUUAUGCACUUAACCAUAAUUGCCCACAUACUUUUAAUAUUUAGCAUCUUUUGUUAUUCUGCGAUCUAUAUAAAAAUGGCGCCAAAGUUCAACGAGGUCAUGAAAGGAACGUGGUUCUGGUUGAAGUUUUGCAAUAAAUAACAGCAAUUACAAAAGAAUAUGAAAAAAUGAUUACAUACUGGAUGGCGACAAUCAUAAAGAGAAUAUUAUUAUUAUUAAAAAUUAUCUUUAGUAGUAGUAUAAAAAAAUAAUUAAUAACAUAUUAACGGUGACAUCAACUACUUGCUUGACUACUCAAAACUAUUUUAAACUUUUAAACGGUCAAUUUUAAUAUAGUCCGAUUUUUAUUGCUUUGCAUUUGUAAUAAUAAACUUUUGUCUUCGCUG